UUUAAAAAAAUAUUUUUUAGAAUUAAAAAAUAAAAUGGAAGAAUUCCCUGUAAUUGCCCACCGUCCUUCCUCAUUCCUUAGAUUUUCGGCAUCUUUCUUUAAAUUUCCUGUUUUCUUUCGACGUUCAAGAGGUAGUUCAACAAGAAGCAGCCCUAUAUCCAGGUUUUUCUUUAAAUUAAGAACAACAAAUUUAUUUUCAAGAUUAAUAAGUCCAAGAGAAACUCCCUCAACAAGUUCUAUAUCUCCAAUGGUUGAAUCAGUAACAAGUUUGCCAACUGUAUUAAAUGGUAGUUUGUUAACAGCUUCAGAUAGUACUCGACAUAAACCUCUGCUUAGACCAGAAGAAAUUAAAUUGGUUGCACAGACAUUGAAAAAGUUGAGAAGAGGAUUAUUUUAUAAAAUUAAUUUUUUAAAAAUAUUUUGUAGAGCCCUUCAAACAGUUGAUUUUGGAAAUGAAAUUGUUAUUCGACUUUUAAAUGAUAAAAGAUCUCUAUACAAAAGUUUAUUGGCUAGAUGUGCACCACAAGCACACGAAAUUGAAGUUUUUGAUGUUCAAAGUUUAGCACGUUUUUGUCCGAGAGCUGUGCAAGUUGGGAAUGGAGUUACUCGAUUUUUUGAACGUAUAGUAAUUGCUUUAGAAGAUGAAUAUCAAAAUAUAAUAGAAUUGGAAGAAAAAUUAGCAGAAAUGUGUAGAGCUAAUGGACAAAUGCAUUACAGAAUGAAAGUUUGGUUUCAGGCAGAAAAUUGGUUAUGUGUUAAACAUUCUGUUGUUGAUACUGUUUUAAUGGCUAAUUCUAAUUUAAAAAGGGGGAAACAAAUUUUUGCUAGAAGUGCUGGAGAUCUUUAUGGACUUACAAAACAAAAAAAUUGGUUAAAUUGUGUUGAGACUUUGGAACACUGUAAAAAUGAAAAACAUUCAAUUGGGGUAGUUUGGAUGAAAUUAAUGCAAGCAGUUAUUGCUUGGAUGAAACAGGGAUUUCUUGAGGCAGCAAUGUCUAGCAAAGAAGAACAUGAUGAAGAACUUUAAAAACAAAAAUCUCAUAUUUAAUUUAAAGGAAUUUUCUAAAAAGAAGGAAAAAACAUCAUUUUAUAAAUAAUUAAUAGAAAUAUAUUUUUGUAAAUUAAAAUUUAAUUUCCCAUAAAAAAGCUUUUUACUUAAAAAUAAAUAUUUAAAGUAUUUUUUGGGAAAAUUGUUUUUUUUGUUAAAAAAUGCAGGGAUUUUUUAUUUUAUUUUACAUAACUUAAAUUCGUUUUAUUUUUGGUUGGGGAAUUUAGCUGCUAUUGUUAAACAAAAUUGGGGGUUUUUAGUUGAAAAUAAUAUUGGAAGGAAAAUCUUGGAAAUUUUUUUUGGAAUUUUGGUAGUUGGUUUUGGAACUGGUUGGAUUAUAUCCUU